GCCCAACGUGUCCCCGACCGUCCCAACCUCUAUAGCUAUUAGUUCCCCCCACACUCCAAGCUGAGAAAGUUAUACACUUCGUGUUUCAGCUGCUGCCAGCAAAACACUGUUCCCGCCUUUUAUUUUAAGCUCUAAGCACAGGUCCACCAUUCUUAUAUAACACAAGCUAUACCCUUACAUAUCUAACACUACGUCCUUCUAAACUAUCAUGGUCUACUUCGAGCAGCACAUCAUCUUGCCUUGGGAAACCAAGGUUUACAUCAGCUUGCUCAUACUAGCCAUUAUUCUCAUUUCGGGCGCUGUUUUAUUCCUUGGUAUAAUAAUUCUUCAGUUAAGCGUUGAUAUUCGGACGCAGAGCAAGAUUCCUAGGGUGGGCGAUUGUGUGUGCGCGAAGAAAGCAGAAGGGAAGAAGGAAUAGAGGUAACGGUGAAAGAGCAAUAUAGGAGUUGGGAGGCUUAUAGCGCGUAUUCCUGCAAGAGGACCUAAGUAAUACUGCCUUAGCGAUGCAACGUGUGUACAGGACGCAAAUACGCCACAGAGCGGAUGGGGAGCUAGAAGGCCUAUUGUAGUAAGCUAGCAAUAGGGAAAGUUAAUUUUGAUAGCAGCGCAACCUAAGCUGUUCUCAGACACAGGG